AUGGCGCAAACUAAAUCGCCAGACCUGGCUGCGGCUACGAUAGCAACACUCAUCUCGAGUGGUAGCGAGAUUGAGGUCUCCGAGCUCGACAAAUCAGGACACGUGCAGCAAAAAUGGCUAUAUGAGCCAAGCGGUCGCAUCGUACACAUCCGUCCGAAGGGCCACACAAACGACCUCUUCUCGCGCUCGCUGCGAGAAUGGAAGAAGAUCCUAUCUGAUUCCUUCCUGCCCGUCGGCUUUCCGCACUCUGUGUCCUCCGACUACCUGGCCUACCAGACUUUUGAUUCCCUCCAGGCCUUCUUCUCCACCAUCACCUCGCUCCUCGCCAACCGCGCGCUGCUGCAGGGCCUCGGCGUCGGCGACGCCAACUCGUCGGCCACCUUUGCGCUCUUGCUGACCAUUCUCCGCGAUGCCACCUCGCGCGUCGCGACGAUUGCGUUUGCGCACCGCUUCGGCCUCCGCAUCGAGCCAGACGCCAAGCGGUACCGGUUCCUGGCCGACCUGUUCAACGACUCGGCUUUUUUCCUCGAGCUGUACAGCCCGUACCUGUCGCCGUGGGGCAAGGUGGCCGCGCUCAGCAUCGGCGAGGCGCUCCGGGCGCUGUGCGGCGUCUCGGCCGGCGCGAGCAAGGCGGCGCUCAGCGUGCACUUUGCCAAGCAUGACAACCUGGCCGAGCUGAAUGCAAAGGAGGCCAGCCAGGAAACCGCCGUGGGGCUUAUUGGGCUCCUGGUCGGGACUGUUGUGGUCAAGGUGGUUGAAGACCAUCGGAGCGUCGUUUUCUUGAUGAUUCUUCUCGUUUUCGGUCAUCUCUGGAUGAACUACCUGGGCGUUUGCAGUGUCGAGAUGACCACACUGAACCGCCAGCGCGCCACCAUCUUAUUCCAAGAAUAUCUGCAAACAGGAAAGGUGCUUUCACCCGCCGAGGUCUCGAAGCGCGAAUACAUUGUCGUUUGGAGCCCCUCCGUCUCGAACCGACACGGUCAGAAAGUUGCUAAGAUCGAACUGGCUGAGAGCUUCGGACAUGCGAUGAGCAGCUCUACUGGUAGGGUCAAGAUUCUCGAUGGCGACAAGUACUCCAUUGCCGUCACGCCAACAUCGGCUUACAAAAACACGACGUUGCGGAUACUGCUUUGGGACAACUCGUCGCCGACGCAGGCCAUCAUGGCCUGGUUCGAGGCUGUUGAGAUGGCCUGGGCUAUGGACAAGCUCACAGGUUUCACGCAUAAUCUGCAACGGGUGUUUAGCAACGAAGAUGUCGUCGUGGAUGGAUACGUAAAGCACUUUACCAGCAAAGAACUUUGGACGAGCAUGGAAAAGAAGGGCUGGGACUUGUCCACACAGUCGCUUGAGACAGCUGCGCCUGUCCGAUUAGUAGCUCGCAAAUUGAGCAACAAGGUGUAUUAG